GACGCGGUACCACUCGAAGGCAGCCGAACCCGGGGGGCUCCCUUCACGUCCCGUGGCACCAUGGCCUCUAAACAAGCCAAAAAGAAAGAGCUUCAUCGCAUUAACUCCGCGCACGGGUUCGAGAAGACGAAAGAUCAGUCAUCUUUUGGGAGUAGCACACAGUCUGGUUUGACUGAAAUAAGAAGAGGAAAAUUCCCAAUUUGGCCAGAAUGGAAUGAAGCAGAUAUAAAUGCAGAAAAGUGGGAUGGAGGAAAGGGAGCAAAGGAAAAAGACAAAUCUGGAAAAAGCCCCAUUUUACAUUUAUUUGAUGAUCCUGAAGGAAAGAUUGAAAUACCUCCAUCACUAAAAGUUUUUACAUGGAAACGUCCACAGGAAGUUUUGAUGAACAAGACUCCUGUAGUAGUGAAAGAUGAAACUUCAUUUGAUUUAUUUACAGGAAGUGGACAUAUAAUCUGCAGUGAGCUGAUAAGAUGGAUUAUCAGUGAGAUACAUUCAGUAUGGAAGAUACAUAAUGGAGGUAUUUUAAACCAUCCUACAGAUCCUCCUGUUCUAAAUUGGAAACCCUGGGAACAUAUAUAUUCUCUAUGCAAGGCAGUAAAAGGUCAUAUGCCUCUCUAUAAUAGCUAUGGAAAAUAUGUUGUUAAACUUUAUUGGAUGGGUUGUUGGAGAAAGAUAACUGUUGAUGACACCCUACCAUUUGAUGAAGAGAAUAGAUUAUUACUUCCAUCCACAACUUGUGAAAUUGAACUUUGGCCAAUGAUAUUAGCUAAAGCCAUCAUUAAGCUCACAAACGUUGACAUCCACAUGGCUGACCAAAGAGAGUUAGGAGAAUUCACAGUUCUUCAUGCACUUACAGGAUGGUUACCCGAAGUCAUUCCUCUCCGCCAAGGAUAUUUGGACAAAAUUUGGGAGUUCUUGAAAGAAAUAUUGCCAGAGUUUAAAUUGACAGAGGACAGCAGUUCUGAAAAACUGUCAGAUUCUAAAUCGAAAGAAGGAAAAGAUUCCAAGGAUGGAAAAGAUGGCAAGGAUGGAAAAAAUGGGAAAGAUGAAAGAGGUGGAAAAAAUGGAAAAGAAGAAAGAGGUGGAAGAAAUGGAAGAGAAGAAAGAGGUGGAAGAAAUGGAAGAGAAGAAAGAGGUGGGAAAAAUGGAAGAGAUGAUAGAGGUGGAAGAGAAGGAAAAGAAAGCAAAAGUGAAAGUGCACAGGGCAGAGGAGCUGAUAAAGGUGAUAAAACUGGAAAAGAGAAAGUAGAUAUGAAAGAAGGAAAGAAGAAGACGAAAGAAUUGGAGAGGGAAAGAGCCAAGAUGUCUACUUCAAGGCCUCCAUCAGAUACGCAACAUUCUCUACAUCAGUCUCUGCAGUCCAUAUUAGAGAUUGGGAUUCAACUAGGAGGGAUUCCACCAUUUGUUCCACAGUUCCCUCAAAUGGUGGUAUAUGGUACUUUUACACCUCUGAAUUUGUUUGAAAAGAAGAUCUUUAUACUAGAGAAAAUGACAGAAUCUGCUGAGAAGCUCCGAGAAUAUGGACUUUGCCAUAUACGUAGCCAUCCUGUGCUAGUGACCAGAACUAGGUCUUGUCCACUAAUAGCUCCACCAAAACCACCACCUGUACCUGCUUGGAAACUUAUUCGCCAAAAGAAAGAGACUGUUGUGACAGAUGAACCUCAAGACCCAAUAAUAAGGAGACCUGAACAGUUUCUUGAGAUUUGUAGCCCAUUUUUGAACUACAGAAUGAAUCCAAUUCCAAUUCCAACAGAAACGCAUUAUGUACAAUCUGUGGUUAAGAAAGGAGCUCCUUUUAUUGGCUUACCAUCGGUUAUUGAAACUGAUGAAAGUCAGAGUAUUCAAGAUAUGAGUCAAAUGACUGGAACUUUGACUUUGCAAAAUGUUUCUCAGAUGAAUCUAGGAACAACCAAUGGAGGUCUUAAAGAGGAGCAACCAGAAACUGUGUAUAAUGUUACAGUUCGUCAGUCAGAGGCAACUGACUUAUUCAGCCAGUUAACAUCCACCUUGGAUAAAUCCCAAGAAGAGAUGUCAACAGAAAAUGCUCCUAUAUGCAAAGAAAUCUGGUUUGAUUUUGAUGACUUCUGCAGAUGUUUCCAGAAUGUAUAUGUUUUCCACAAACCAAAUUCAUAUAUUUAUAGCUAUCAGAAGUCAGACUUUAGGUCCACAGAUGACAGAGUGUUUUAUUAUUUAUAUGUGGAUAGUCUGAAGCCUAUUGAACUUCUGGUUUGCUUUUCUGCAUUAGUACGCUGGGGAGAAUCUGGAGCCUUACAGAAAGACAGCCCUGCUGUAGAACCUGGCCUUCUUACAGCAGAAACCUUUACUUGGAAAUCUCUGACUCAGCGGAAUCUUGUACUAAAGAUACAUACAUAUGCUACCAAAGCUGCAAUGAUCCGCCUUCCUGUUGGGCGGCAUAUGUUACUCUUUACUGCACAUUCCCCGGUAGGACAUCAUAUUCAUCUGUGCAGCAUGGUAUCCUUUAUUUUUGGAGAAGAAGAUGUUGUUAUGCCUUAUUUUGAGAAGGAAAGCCUACAAUUUGUAGAACAUGCUGUGACAAUAUUAAAAGCUCUUGGAUAUGUUAUGAAUAAUUUCAGAGAUAAGGAAAAACUUGCUGUUGCUAUGAAAGAGUUACGGAUGACUCACUAUCCUCCAAACCUUAAUGAUAGGGAGCUAUCAGAGCAACACUUCAAGGUUUUUCAUCUUUCUUUAUGGCGCUUGUUGAAAAAAGUGUAUGGACCUAGGGCUCCACCCAAUUUCAGAUUUGCAUUCCGAGCUCUUACUUUGGACUUGAGUGUACUUGAAACCUUUCCAGAAGAGGCUUCUUUAGCGGAGUGGGUAGAUAUUAAAUAUCCUGUUGUGAUAGAAGACAGAAAUUACUCUUGUGAAGAAUUAGUGGCGGCAAUUAGACUGCAAGCUUAUUGGAGAGGAGCUUAUAUUAGGCUCCUCAUGAAGGCCAGACAACCAGACACACCACAAAAUAAUGAUGUUGCAGAUACACUGCAAAAACUUUGGAGUUUGCUGGAUAUCAAUUUAGAACAAUAUUCAGUCUCUCUCUUAAGAUUAAUGUUUAAAAGCAAGUGCAAGUCUUUUGAACGCUAUCCGUGCUAUCAAGAUGAAGAAACUAAGAUAGCUUUUGCUGAUUAUUCUGUAAACUAUCCUGAUCAGCCACCAAAUUCUUGGUUUAUAGUUUUUAGAGAAAUAUUUUAUGUAGCACAAGAUAUGCUCUUGGUGCCUAAAGUAUACACUACUCUUCCAGUCUGUAUGCUCCAUGUUGUUAAUAAUGAUACAAUGGAGGAAGUACCACGAGUAUUCCUUAAAGUGAUACCUUAUGUCUAUACCAAGAAUAAGAAGGGAUAUUCAUUUGUGGCAGAAGCCUAUACAAGUGAUUUUUAUAUAACAGCUGGAAAAUGGAGACUCCGUAUCAUUGGUUCUUUUGCUCCACUGCCAUAUCUUGGUCGAGAGAAUGUUUGCAGUUUAUUUUCCAUGAGAGAAAUUAAAGACUAUUAUGUUCCUAAUGACAAGCAGAUUAUGUUCAGAUACUCAGUAAAAGUGUCACAAGGGCUCAUUGUUACAAUACAGGUACGCACAUCUAAAACUGAUGUUUUUGUCAAACUACAAAUCCUGGAAAAUGAAGAAGAGGCUGUAAGCACCGUUGGAAAAGGCCAUGCUAUAAUUCCUACAUUUUUUUUCCUUAGUAAUGAAAAAGCUUUAAGCUCUCAAUCUAGCAAGCAAGUUAUUUCUCAUAAUGUGGUCACCAAGAAAGAAGCGGAUAUACCACAAACGAAGAAAAAGGCUGCUGCAGGAGCUCAAAAAGUUAAUAGGACACGAACUACUGGUGCAACUGAAAGUGGUCAGUCUGUUCUUGAUGACGAUUCUGUUAGCCUUCCAAAUGUAGAUGAAAAUUCCCAAGUUUCCCAACAGACUUAUAAGUAUAUCAUACAAGCUACAGUAUUAUAUAACAGUUGGCCCCUUACAGAAAGCCAGUUGGCAUUUGUUCAGACACUUAAAGACUUGGAGAAAAAUGAUCUCAGAGAAGAAACUAAAAUAAUAGUCCAGAAGAAAAAAGGAAAACCCUCACAUUCAGAAAGACAUGAAGAAUUAAUUUCAAUGGGAUUUACAGAUGCCCAUGGCUCUACUGAUGGGCAAAAAGCCACAUCUACUGUGAAAACGACUCGAAAAGGAAAAGACAAAGGAACUGACAAGGCAGAAAAAGAGAAGGCAGCCAAAGAAAAAAUGGCACCCAAAGUUGAAGCUCAGGCUCAGCAACAAGAUCCAAAUAAACCUUAUUGGGUGCUGCGACUGGUCACCGAACAGAUUGACACCGACAUUCUGGAAGUUAAGAAGGAUACAGAAAGAGCUGAUGAAAUCCGAGCAAUGAAACAAGCUUGGGAGUCUGCAGAGCCAGGCAGAUCUAUCAAGGCUGCCCAAGCUCGCUUACAGUUUAUCAACAAAUUCUCCAAGAAAUCUGAGGCUGAGGCAGAGCCUGAAAAUAUUACUAAGAUCGUGAAAGAUGGAAUAACUCCUAGAGAAACAAGAAAACUCCCGGGUGUUGAACCCAUACCAACUGUAGUGACACCUGAAACACCUGUACCACCUGUGAAGAAAGAAUUAGAACCUUUGGACAUUACUCCAUAUAUCCGAAAAACUCUUGAUGUACCUCUAUUAUACAAUGAGAUUUUGGCCCAGCAACAAGAAAUGCAGAAGGCAGAGGAAGUUCAUCAGUUUCGUCAGUAUCGAGAAAGAAUACUUAGCAAAAGAGAUUUUGAAUAUGCAGCACGGAAGAAGCUAAAGUCAAAAGUUUUGGAUACUUAUGGAGAUAUCCGUACAUCUUUACUGGAGACCCGGGAUGUGGUUCUAUUGCCCCGGGAAGAAUAUAGGGAGAGGUUGCUGGAAGAGGAGCGCCAACGACUAGAGGCAUUAGCAGCAGAAGAAGCAGCCCUUAAACAAGAGCCGGAGAAGAAGAGCCCAGACCAUCAGAAAAAAAAAGGAAAAGGAGGGAAAAAAAAGUGACCGUAGGAAGCCUAACAUUUCCCUUAUUCAGGAAAAGAAAACUAUUUUUAAUGAGCAAUUGUUAUAUAUAUAUUUGUGAGAUAAAAUGGUAGAUCAAUUUAAAGUAUGGUUUUAGAAAUAUUAUUGCAUAAUUUCCUAAGCAUUUCUAGUUUUUAUCUUACUUUGUUUUUUUACCUUAAUUUUAACUUUACAUGUAUAUGAUGUUCUAAUUUAAAUUAAGCUAUCCUCAAAAGUACUUGUAUUAUAAAGAAAUUAUCUCCCCUAAUCUAAGAUGUCUGUCGUUCUUUUUAGAAAAAAAUCCCAGUUAGAACCAGGAACUGGAACAUUUUCAACAACUAUGAUGAACUAACUCCUAUUUUUAAAAGUCUAGAUAUCCCCAUUUCACUUAAAGAUAUUAAAUUAUUCAAUACUUAUUUCUACAUGAUGGAAUCUUUUCUCCUGCUCUAGUUUGUUGUUGUUUUCCCCAAACCUAUCAGCUGUAGGAUAUUAAGUGGCUUAUAUACAGACUUUUUCAUCUAUCAGUUAUUUGAAUUUGUACCCUUACAUGAGAACUUGCCUUUUUAAGUGUUUUAAAUUAGCAUUAGUAUGACCUGUUGUAAAGCUAGACCUUAAAAAAUGUCCUGACCAAAAAAAAAAAAAAGUCCUGACAGACCAUUAUUUCAAUGGUCUCAAAC